AUUCUGUAUGCGGUGACUCGGGCGGAGUAGGCUUUAUUUGUCGGGAAACGAGCUCAAUCAUUAAGUUAAAGUAUUUAAAAAACGCUCAUUAGCGUGUUGUAAUUUAUCCUACUACUGGAAGUUACUUCCCCGAAGACGCGUCGUAUAAGGUGUGUUUUAUAGCGGUUUUGGUGGGUGAAUUUGGUGGAGAGCUGUUUAAACUGGAGUUACGGGAAGCGAAGGAGAUUUUCUCGGCCCUGGCUUUCAUGAACGGGCCCCUUACAACUUACUAAAGUUCGCAGACAUACAUCAGAUUCUCUCUAUUUUCACUAUUCCCCGGUUCGAGUUACUCUGUGAGAUUCACAGGAUAAGGCCUUACACAGAUGGGAAGAGUGUGUAUGAAGCACCUUGAAGGUGCACCCAAUCAUUGGACUAUUAGUUUCACAUAAUCCACUCUUUGUGGGAAUAAUAAUAAUAUUUUUUUGACUCUUGCCUCUCAUCCAAAUAUUGGUUCAAAGAACCUUUGUGAGCAAUCAUUAUCAUUUUUGUGACACCAAAAGUUUGAGACGACGCCAUCAAAAUGAGUGCAGAAGGAUAUCAGUACAGAGCGCUGUAUGACUAUAAAAAAGAGAGGGAGGAGGAUAUUGACCUGCAUGUCGGGGACAUUCUUACAGUCAAUAAAGGUGCACUACUUUCAGUUGGUUACACUGAGGGGAUGGAGGAGAGACCAGAGGAAAUCGGAUGGUUGCCUGGCUUUAAUGAAAGCACUCAGGAGAAAGGGGACUUUCCUGGUACGUACGUGGAGUUCAUUGGCAAGAAAAAGAUUUCACCACCAACUCCCAAACCAAGGCCCCCAAGGCCUCUACCAGUGGCCCCUAGUCCUGCAAGACCAGACUCGGACUCUGAGCAAAGCUCAAGCUCUCUUUUAGACCUGACGGAGCAGUUCGCUCCUCCAGAGAUAGCUCCGCCUGUGCUGCUCAAGCUCCUUGAGGUCAUCGAGAAGAAAGGUCUAGACAACCCUACGCUCUACAGAAACUUCACUGCUGGAGGAGGCUUGGAUGUCAGACAAUGCUUUGAUAGUGAUGCUGCAUCGGUGGAUCUUGAUCAGAUGGACCUUCAGAUGUUGUGUGACUGUCUGAGGAGGUAUCUUCAAGAUCUACCGCAGCCUGUCAUUCCCUCUGUGGUCUACAGUGAGAUGAUACGCAUCGCUCAAGAAGUGCAAGGUACAGACGAAUGUGCACAUCACCUGCGGCUGGUGGCCAGCUCCUCUGCACUUCCUCCACAGUACUGGCUAACCCUGCAGAGCUUGCUGCGCCACUUCUACCGUGUAUGUCAGGCCUCAGCAGCCAACCUGCUUAGUGCUCGUGCCAUCGCUGAGAUCUUCAGCCCAACACUCUUUAGACAACAGCCCACCAGCUGUGAGCCCAGCCCAGAGGCACACAUCAGGAUAAUUGAAGUCCUGGUGACCAGCGAAUGGAGUGACAGUCAGGCAGCUCCAGCACUACCCCCCAAGCCACCCAAACCAACGUCUGUCACCAACAACGGUAUGAACAACAACAUGGCUCUGCAAGAUGCUGAAUGGUACUGGGGGGAUAUCUCCAGGCAAGAGGUCAACGAAAAGCUUCGGGACACUGCUGAUGGUACAUUUUUGGUCCGAGAUGCCUCCACUAAAAUGCAUGGGGAUUACACACUGACACUGAGGAAAGGAGGUAACAACAAGCUGAUCAAAAUCUUCCAUCGUGAUGGAAAAUACGGCUUUUCAGACCCCCUGACCUUCAACUCUGUGGUUGAGUUGAUCAACCACUAUCGGCACGAGUCUCUCGCCCAGUACAACCCCAAACUAGAUGUGAAACUACUAUAUCCUGUGUCCAAGCACCAACAGGAUCAGGUAGUAAAGGAGGACAACAUUGAUGCUGUUGGGAAGAAGUUGCACGAAUACCACCAGCAGUUCCAAGAAAAGAACAGAGAGUACGACAGACUCUAUGAGGAAUACACUAGAACAUCACAGGAAAUACAAAUGAAAAGGACUGCCAUUGAAGCUUUUAACGAGACCAUAAAGAUCUUUGAAGAGCAGUGCCAGACGCAAGAACGGUACAGCAAAGAAUAUAUAGAGAAGUUUAGGAGAGAAGGCAAUGAGAAGGAAAUCCAAAGGAUUAUGGUCAACUAUGAGAAGUUAAAAUCCCGCAUCAGUGAAAUUGUGGACAGCAAACGCCGUCUCGAAGAAGAUCUGAAGAAGCAGGCGGCAGACUACAGAGAGAUUGACAAGCGGAUGAACAGCAUUAAGCCUGACCUCAUCCAGCUCAGAAAGACCAGGGAUCAGUACCUCAUGUGGUUGACACAGAAAGGGGUCAGACAGAAGAAACUCAACGAAUGGUUGGGAAUCAAAAACGAAAACCAGGACGAUCAAUACUCAAUGGUGGAUGACGAUGAGGAUUUGCCACACCAUGACGAACGUUCCUGGAAGCUUGGUAACAUUGACCGGAAACAGGCAGAGACCCUUCUGCGGGGCAAGAGGGACGGGACAUUCCUGGUCAGGGACAGCAGCAAAGCUGGAUGUUAUGCCUGUAGUGUUGUUGUGGAUGGUGAAGUCAAGCACUGCGUCAUCAACAAGACACCCACAGGAUAUGGCUUCGCUGAGCCCUACAACCUUUACAGCUCUCUGAAAGAACUGGUCUUGCACUACCAGCAUACGUCCCUGGUUCAGCACAAUGACUCUUUGAAUGUUACGUUAGCAUACCCAGUCUACGCACACCAGAGGCGGUGAGGACUCGUGAACACACCCUUGGGACUCGUUGCGAACACGGGAGUUGAGAAAGGGCCUCCCCUCGAACGGAGACGCCUCCAGUUAGGCUGCUACUGAGGGCUGCUUUUUGCCUUGAAUCGACCAUGUCGGAAAGACAAGAAAGCAAAACCCAAAACGAACAUUUCAGCCAGUCUGAAUGUAGUUUUCUUUAUUGAGUUGAAACUGCUAAAAUGUAACUCACUCUCCCAAAAUGGAGGACUUUGGAGGCCUUUUCCAAAUGGUGCUUGUUCAUUUCAAAGCUUUACCCCCUGCUGGAAUGUGGAACAUUGAUUAGACUUGUAGACAGCACCCUUUUUUUUUUUCUAACUCAUGACCUGCUCAGUUCAGGUCCCCACUUGGGUGUAUGUGUGUGUGUUUGUAUGUGUGUACGAGAGAAUGUGAUUUGACCAAAACUCACAGAAUCUGAAAGCUAUCGGGAUGUUCAACAUGAUGUGUUAAACUUUCACGAACAGACCAUGGAAUCAACUGAUCAAAUGUAGCAAGAUGGCACUUUUCAAAACAGUAUCUGUUAGUUUUCCUGUAAGAGACUCCUACAUGAACGUUGAUAUGACACGUCUAGUCUGAAAGGAGCAGCGCAAAAAGAAACGAACGAGAUGCUUGGCAUUUCUGUUGUUAAGCAUUAUAGUGACAGACUCUAAAUACAUUUCUGCUUUAUGGACUGGCAAGAAAGGAACUGAAAUGGACUUCACACUGUACAUACAGAUAGCAUCUAAAGCUAUGUGACAAAACCAUAUUGUACCAAAAAAAGAGCAGCUCCUUCUCAGUUUUAUUCUUAUAUGCUAUGCAAAUUCUGUAUUUUCCAUCUUCUCUGCAAAGUUGUGAGUUUUAUUUUACAUGUUGCUAACCAUAAUAUAAACUUGUUUUUAUUGCUUAAA